AUGACAAGUAAACUUUCCCUUGAGCUUACCACAAGAGAGGAGGCGUUAGUUUGGACUGAAACAGUUUUGUUUGCUGUUACCAAUGUUGUGGCCAUCCUUGGAAAUCUCCUCAUUCUUUGCGCCGUGUACCAUAACCACAGACUUCGCACGAUUCCCAACAUAUUCGUAAUAGCACUGGCUGUGAGCGAUAUUCUGAUGUCUACUAUAUGUAUGCCUUUUACAGUUGCAAGUCUUUUCCACGGCAGGUGGAUCUUUGAUGAAACGGUCUGCCGCUUUCAAGCAUUUGAUAUCUUUGCGUUUGGGAAGUGUAGUCUUGGAACUAUGGCAGCAAUUGCAGUCAGCCGAUAUUUCUGUGUUGUUAAUCGGGAAAAGUAUCCCUCGCUGUUUAAGAAGCAAAGAGCCUUGAUGUAUAUUUUCAUCGUUUGGUGCUUGGCUCUGGUUGGAUCUGUGCCCAUAUUACUCUUCAAAAAUGACAGCAUUGAAUUCCACCCUGGAAAGGCAAUGUGUCUGUUCAAAUUUGAAAGUAACAUUGCUUACUCUGCCUCAAUCCUUUGCUGUUUUAUCACAACACCCUUGAUUAUCAUCACGAUCUGCUAUGUCAAAGUGUUCCGCGCCGUUUCGCGAUCAAAUCGUGUUUUCUCAUUGGAAAAUAACCCGGAACUUCUUCGGGUGAAUGUGGAAGAAGCCAAAGUGACAAAGCGUUUGGUAGCAGUUGUGGUCGGCUUUGCAUGCUGUUGGCUUCCUGUUUUUGUCGUUGAUAACAUCGACAUGACACGUGGAGAACCCACGCUACCACGACAAGGUUCAGACAAAUUUAUCUGAGUAGCACCAUAAACCCAUUCAUAUAUUGGUAAGAGGUUCAGUUUGUUUUGAGGAAGAUUUUUACCUUUAAAUGCCGAGACAACAGCUAGAACGGUAACGCCUAACUGAAAUAGUCAGAGAAGUGUGGUAGGAAAUGGAUUUUUCUGAGAUUUUGUCCGAGGUUGUUGCUGGUAAAAUCAGAAACAAAGGACUAACGACAUUAUUUGACACUCAUCAUCCGUCAAAUGCGUUUAUCUACCGAGACGUUUCGAAGUAGUAACUAAUACCCUUUUGGUGUUUUCUCAUCAGUAAAUAAUCCAGAACUCCUUCGGAUGAAUGUGGAGGAAACCAAAGUGACGAAGCGUUUGGUUACAGUUGUAGUCGGCUUUGCAUGCUGCUGGCUUCCUAUUUUCAUCAUCGACAAUAUCGACAUGGCGCACAGAGAGCCCACACUACCACGACCAGCUUACUUAACAUAUAGCCUUCUUGCUUCACUUGAGUAG